CCCAUUUGGCGACGGGAGUCCCUGGCAGGCGGACGCAGUGUUGUUUUGGCCGUUGGAAACAAGAGUCGGUUUGACUGUACACACACACGCUGACACGCUGGCGGACAAGAUGAUGGAACUCUCCGCGUUCGGCGAGCGGGUCUUCGCCGCCGAGUGCCUGCAGAAGAAGCGCUGGCGAAGGGGGAAGGCGGAGUACCUCGUCAAAUGGAAGGGCUGGUCGCAAAAGUACAGUACGUGGGAACCGGUGGACAACAUACUUGACCCGCGGCUACUGCUGGCGUUCGAAAAUAGGCGCAGACAGAAGGAUGGGGGAGGUCUCAAGCGCGGACCCAAGCCGAAACGGCUUCGGAUUGAGGAACCGCUCAGAGUGGCUGCAGAAGGGAAUGUCGAACUAGAGAGGACCGGCGGGUCUCCAGUCUCGGACCCGGGCAGCAGCCAUGUUGGAUCCGACUCGACCUCACACACGACAAACGUGUCAUUUUCUGAAGACGACGACGACUACGUGCCGUGCCACUCCCCAGAGAGCGGGGACGGGUCCACCGAGGGCAGCGGAGACGUGCUGAAGAGAAAACCGGCCGGCCAAGCUGGUAUAACAGGGGAAGGUUCCGGGCUAGUAGCGGGGAGAGGCCCCGGGGAAGCCCACGGCGCAACCCCUGGUAUCAUCGCGGGCCCCUCUCACAGGAUGUGGGGUCGCGGUGCGGGGCAUGCCAGCCAGACUAUUUCACCUUCAGGUGUAGGCAGCGGUUCGGGGAAGCGGAGUGAGGCUUGGGGUUUUGUCAGAGGGAACACCUCGUGCUCGCCGGGGGAACAGAUGGCCGGGGAAAGGGGAAAAGCAGUCGCGUCACCCACGACUCCGCCCCCUCAUAACCAGACCACCAUGCUGAAAAACAUCGCCAACCAACAAAAGCCCGUAAGCAGCUCUGCGGUUUCCCCGAACAAAGCUGGAAUAUCUCCGCCGUUUGGCCGCAAGGAGUCGGCUUCCUCCGACCAGGAGAACGAAUCUGCCACCGCGAACUCCGUGGCGACGACAACACCGCCCGGCCCAGGCACGUUGGCCGCGCGCCCACAGACACUCGCCUGGCCGCCUAAAAAGCGCUGGCGGCCCACCGUGAUCGGAGGACAGGUUUUCAUUACCGAUGUUACGGCCAACUUCCUGACUGUCACCGUGCGAGAGUGCAGCACACCUCAAGGAUUCUUCAAGCCAAGAACGGACUAAACUUCAUCUUACAUGUACACACAACUUGGAACUUUAAUAGUUGACUGUUUAUACUAGUAUACUAGAAGUCUGAACGUUCUAUAUUAGAAGCCACAGCGCUACCUUAUGUUACCACAAGUUUUAUCUCUUAAAAAUGUUCAGAAGAUUAUCUGCACACAGGCUUGCAACAGGAUUACCUAACAGCUCAAAAAAAGAAUGCCUAGCUUCAGGACUGAACAUAAUGUGUCACGACCGCGAGACUUUGACUAGUAGUUCAAACACUUAAAAGUGAUUCACCUGAGAUAUUUUUAGUCCACCUGAUUGUAUAAACUCGAGGCGCUAGGGCCGCGGAAGUAUUGUUUGCGCUUGUGGUGACUAAAAAAGACGAUAGGCUUGUCACGAAGACAGGCCCGCGGUCUGUGGGUAAAGAACAAUAGCCAAUCUGAGUCAUACCUGUCCCACUGUAUGUGUAGGUGAUGUUUACACACCUUAAAGGUACUUUCCUGAAGAAGCCCGUUUCUGUCUUAAUAGAUAUAAAUCAUAUAUAGCUCCAGACUAAGUUAAAACUAUGGCUCUGCAAAAUUUGAUUGCAAGAUUUUGAAUGGACGACAAGAAAAAAAAAACGUUGGUGUUACGAAAGUUAUUUUCGUGCGGCGUAUUGUUCUGUUCUUUGGUGGGCCCCUUUCAGGGUGUAGGCUGGAACUACUUCUGACUUGACUGUUGGUUAUGAGUUUAAAAUAUCUCAAGGUUAAGCGAAGCUGGGCAGUUCAGUUUCUUCUUGUCGGUUAGCACAUAGCCCCCCGAGGCGUGUAGUGACCGGGAAUGACUCACAGUAUCACAAGACACACGCCUUCUCAAGGUUUCUGUACACGAAGACGCCCUGUGAGGUGACCCCAGCAAACCUCUCGCGUUUGGCGGUUUGCCAAAAAUGCUACUAAACCUGGCGUGUGACUUGUGGUGUUUGGUACGGGCUACCUCCAUAUUCUCGAUCUUUCCGUCAAGAAACUGACACCAAGAACUUGCAAUACCACUCUUAUCGACUAAUCUUUCUCAAGGGACACAAAAAAGCGUGAAGCUAUAUCCUUUUCUGUAGUAUCUAUGUAUCUGGGAGUUAGCAAGAAGUGACAUUGGAAACAGAGGGCGUAUGCAAACAUGUUUUCGAACUGUAAGCAUUCUUAGAGCGGACUUUGGAUACAAUUUAUUGAUGAAAUCGCAGGUCUAAACAUGUGCGUAUAGGAUGGUGUCGGCAUCUUUCAGUUGCAGUAGUAGUCGGUCGAAACUGCAAGAGUUUCA